CCCCGCCCCGGUCCCACUGCCGUCCCGCGGGGUGCAGAGCUGGGGCCGCGGAGCCCGGAGGACCGCGGAGGGAAUGAGCCGGCUCCGCCUCCCCGGGGCGCGCGGGCCAGGCUGCUGAGAAGCCCCGGCGGCGCCCGGAGGAACCGAGCCCUCCCGCCAGGGGUUGAGGAGACUGAAGAAGGCUGAUGGGCUGAUGGGCUCAGCUGGUAGGUUCCACUGUCUCACCAUGACCACCGAAAAUCCGACGCCGGGAGACCUGGCUCCGUCCCCCCUCGUCACUUGCAAACUCUGCCUGUGUGAACAGUCCCUGGACAAGAUGACCACACUCCAGGAAUGCCAGUGCCUCUUCUGCACAGAUUGCUUGAAGCAGUACCUGCAGCUGGCAAUCCGAGAGGGAUGCGGGUCUCCCAUCUCUUGCCCCGACACGGUGUGCCUCGGCCGCGGGAUCCUGCAGGAAGCGGAGAUUGCCUGCUUGGUACCUGUGGACCAGUUUCAGCUUUAUCAACAGUUAAAAUUUGAACGAGAAGUUCACCUGGACCCCCACCGAACAUGGUGUCCUGUCGCAGACUGUCAGACAGUGUGCCCUGUUGCAUCAAGUGACCCGGGACAGCCCGUACUGGUGGAGUGUCCUUCUUGUCACCUGAAAUUCUGCUCAUGUUGCAAGGAUGCUUGGCACGCAGAAGUCUCCUGUAGAGAUAGUCAGCCUGUUGUCCUGCCGACAGAGCACGGGGCCCUCUUUGGGACAGACACAGAAGCCCCCAUUAAGCAAUGCCCUGUUUGUCGGGUUUAUAUCGAACGCAACGAAGGCUGUGCUCAGAUGAUGUGCAAGAAUUGCAAGCACACGUUUUGCUGGUACUGUCUCCAGAACCUGGAUAAUGACAUUUUCCUCAGGCAUUAUGACAAAGGGCCGUGUAGGAAUAAGCUUGGCCACUCGAGAGCCUCAGUGAUGUGGAACCGAACACAGGUGGUGGGGAUUCUGGUGGGAUUGGGCAUCAUCGCCUUGGUGACUUCACCCCUGCUGCUCCUGGCCUCCCCCUGCAUCAUCUGUUGUGUCUGCAAGUCCUGUCGGGGCAAGAAGAAAAAGCACAGCCCAUCCACAACCUAGAGGUCUCUCCUCACGUCCACGUGCCACAGAUGUCUGGGGUUCUAAUGAGAAGCACAGUGAGAAAGCCCCACUUAGCGCACCUGCCUCCUCCUUGCCAACCUUUGAAAGUGCCUGUGUCCAGACUUUGAACUUGCCUUUGGCACCAAGGCCCAGCCCUGAUGCACGUGUUCCCGUGUGAAGAGAACCGGGCUGUGCGGUCUAGGCUGUGUCUGUGGAGCAUGUCGGGAAGCUUUGGGGUUGCUGAGAAGGAAUGGGUUGCUAACCCAUCAUCAUUUUACCCCCCCAGAGGAUCCCACCGGACUGUUUAACUGAUGGCCAGAUUCAAGGAGCCCGAGUGAACCUGUAGUGUAAUAAAUGUGUUGUCGCGGUUGGCCACACACAUCACAACUGAGCACCAGCGUCCGUCCUGUGUCGAUUUGACCACCAGUAGAUACGCGGGAGAGACCCCCCUGGGGGAGGGAAAGAAUAACACCGUUUAAAAGGAGAUUGUUGUAAGAGCUGCAAAGCAGGCUGCUUAGCUCAGGAGUGGGUACUUGGCUUUGGCCUCGGCCAGCCACCGGGUGUGCUGUUGCGGGCAUUCCCACGGUGACUUGGCAGAAACACAAUGGGUUUCUCCUUGUGUGAUCUCAGCUUCCAGCACAAAACUGCUGUGCAGAGGGAGGUGUCUUUUCCCAGUGCGAGGGCUACAGCCUGUAAAACAACGUGGUCUGAUGGAGCGGCUCUCCCUGGGCAAGUGCAGCUUGGCGAAGGUGAUAGACUCUCCUCCAGCCAGCAGCUGUGGUCUGCAGGAUUGUCUGAUGUGAAAUACGGGUCAAGGGGCAGAGGUUCAAAUCCUUCACCGUAGAUAACAGAGACCUUUCCUGAGCCCUGCGUUCUUGCGCCCAGCACAUUUAGGACUGGACCUGAAAGUCCAUAGCAAGAGUGACUAUCCAAGUCCCAUGUGUACAUCUAGAAAUCCAUAUAAUUUGCCACCUACCUAGACCCUCCGUCCACUGGGCACGUGCGAGUAUUUCCCGUGGUACACACAAAACAAAUGUUUCCUCAAAGCCAUUUUGUCUUUCCUUCUGGGACUAAUACACUUUAUUAGAAAUCAACCUAAUGAUUUUUUUUUUUUUUUUUUUGCAUAUUACAUGUGUAAACUUUGGUUGCAAGUUCCUAACUUAACAAAAGGUAUAGACUCAUAAACCCAACUCUUUUAAAACAACCCUAGCACGGUGUCCUGUCAUGUCAGUGUGUAAAAACACUGAUAAUCAAGCUAGUUACCUAUUUUCAAACGCAGUGCAAGCAGCUCUCAACAAAGUUUAAUAUUGCUCUUGGAAGCCUCUGUUAGGGCAAGCCAGAUACUUCCUGUGUGUACAAGGCACUGAUCAAACAACAAAAAAUGUAAGAAAGAAACUGUAACUGCUUUACGUAUCAUAAAUAGUUUAGGUUGGUAUAGCCCCAUUGCGACUUAGUUUUCCCGUCAUCCGUUAGUCAGAUUUUUGAAUACACGGGUUUUGAAAAGACAAUAACUUUUUCUCCAAUGACAGGAUGUCAUAAUUGCCAUUAGCAACGUAGUCUGGUGCUUUGUGGGAACAUGUAAAGUGCUCCUAGAGAGCUGUCCUUGGAACGAGGGACAGUGCCUUGGGACUGUCUGGACCUAUGAUGUUUUCCCGAGGUAACUGGGUAACUAGGUUGUUAAAUUGCUGCUAUCCUGGACCUAUUAUUAAGGAACGAUGCUUUGCCUGUGUAAUGGAAUGUGUCCUAAGUGGGGAUGUGUAUAUUUAAGGAACUUUGGUUCCCACAUACAUGUUGAUACCUGAUAUAUGUGUAGUUCAUCCCUACGUCGUGUACACUUUUAUUUACCAUUUGUACAGAACAUAGAUGUGGACUUUCGGAAAACUUUCGAAUGGCACCCAACCCAAAGCAUUUUUAAUCAUUUUUAUUUGGAAACUUCUCAAUGUUAAGCGUCUUUCUUUUCCUUUGAAACUCUGAACAUGGCAGAACAAGAAUACUCUCUUCGAUCAAUGUAUUCCCUAUUAGUAUAAAUAGAAGUGUACAUAUAUUUGAGUGAUUUGCUUUGUCUUAACACUGCCUCAUUGUAGCACAGGGCAUUUAUAACUGCUCAGGGGAUCACGGGAACUCAGCUGAAAAUGAAUUUUUGUAUCAAGAGUGUCAGGAGUGGCAGUUUACCCUGGCAUGAGCGAACUCUUGAAGCUUCUAUUCCGCAAAGAAUCUCUAAAACAGGGGCUGAUUUCAAGGAACCUAAAAUCCUGUGUUAUCAGAGGCGGAACUCCUGAAUUUGGAGUUAAAGGUAGGAGAGAACAUCCAUACUGUUGCCUUGGCAAAAUUGAAGGAACUUGUUUUCUCACAGAGAUACUGUAACAGAAGCAGCUCCUUUUUUUUUUUUUUUUUUUUUUAAAUACAAGAUAGGGUGUGGGGGGUUGCUUUUUUGAAACAGAUUUCAAACAACUGGAUUUAAGUUUUUAAAUGUUGAAAAGUGCCUGGAAAGUAGUGACUUCCUCCUUAAAUAGCUACACGAAUAGGCCUGUGUAAGACUGUCAGAAUCAACAGGAAUAGGUUGGUAGGUUAAACCCAGAUACAUCGCCGGUGCCUCAAAGGGUGAGUAGCAAGCCAGUCUAGAAACUUUGUUUACAAAGGAGGGAACUGACAACUUAGAUAAAGAGACUGAUGUUUUUGUUUGGCAUAACUGGCCAGUGAGACAGUUUAACCUGUCUCCUUCCUCUGUCCAUCAGCUCUGUCUUCCAGGGAUUCUCUUUCCAGACUAGGAAGAGAUAUGGGUCUACGUAACAAUGUUUGGACAUUGUGGCAAAAAUUCUUGUGUUUGGAGUAGUGUAGUUUUUUUGAAAUAGGAUAAAAACUCCUUCACCCAGUUAUAAUCUGGAUGUAAUAACUCCCCAUCCGGAAACGCUAGCAGGUGUAAGGGGACAACUAGCUGUUGCCCCUUCUGGGAAGUUUUUUCUUACCCGGUAGGGAGGUGAGGGGGAAAGCCACAGGGAAGCAAAUUUUAGAAUCCUAGGCAUUCUGUUUGUUCACACAAUGGGUGUUAGCUCUGGACUUGAAAUCUCUAUAUAGAUAAAGAGGCCUUUGAAAAACAAAUAAUUCACAGUGUGAAUUUUCUUGUAGCCUGCAUCAUGAAAAUUUUGCCUAUCCAGAUUUGCAAAACGUACAUGUUUAUUUGAAUGUAAAUCACUGUUUCUUGAAACCCCAAAUUGUCUCUUAAAACUUAUUCAAAAUCUAAAUGCGUCUUAUUUUACCCUUCUCUACACAGUGCUUGACUUUUGUGUUCGUGAAUGGAUGCCUUUAUGUAUAUAGACCCAUGUAUAUAUGUGCAGCUCUGAAGAUAAUUUCAUAAUGCCUUAGAUGAAUGACAUUUUAUAAAGCUGUCAAGUUGAUACCUAUAGACUAUUACAUCUCAUGUUGAUUCACGAUCCAGAAAGUUUUGUUAUGUAUUUAAGAAAUUGCUGUUGUAUUAUAUUUUUCCGAUUAUUUGAGAGGAAAAUAGCCGUUUCAGUCUCUGUUGCCCCAAUAAACGUGGAGCAAGAAAGCAAGUGGUUAACCUUUGUUGUACCGCACGUUUCUAGACACGUUUGAUUUUAUCCUCCAGGAACCACCAAGCACUAUUAAAUCCUAGGUUCUGAAUUUACAAAAACCACCCAAAUCUGUUAUACCAUUCAUGGAAAUAAGUCUUGCUACCUUGUUUCUUAAAAGAAACGAGAAGUA